AUGCAUCGUCUACCUCCACUUCUCAGAGUUGUCGCUCAGCGACACUUAAAAGUUGCUCCUCAAGUGAGAUAUAUGGCCAAAGAUGUUAGGUUUGGCCCGGAAGUUAGAGCUCUCAUGUUGCAGGGAGUAGAUAUUUUAACUGAUGCAGUAGCAGUCACAAUGGGGCCUAAAGGUAGAAAUGUAAUAAUUGAACAAACUUGGGGAAGUCCAAAGAUAACAAAAGAUGGAGUUACCGUAGCUAAAGGUGUUGAAUUAAAAGACAAAUUUCAAAAUAUAGGAGCUAAACUUGUGCAAGAUGUUGCUAAUAACACAAAUGAAGAAGCUGGUGAUGGUACCACAACAGCCACAGUUUUGGCAAGAGCAAUCGCAAAAGAAGGUUUUGAAAAAAUUAGUAAAGGAGCCAACCCGAUCGAAAUUAGAAGAGGUGUUAUGAUUGCUGUCGAUGCAGUAAUCGCUCACCUUCGAACAUUGUCAAGAGAAGUCACAACACCUGAAGAAAUAGCUCAAGUUGCCACAAUAUCUGCCAAUGGUGACAAAAAAAUUGGCGAUUUGAUUGGAGCAGCGAUGAAAAAAGUAGGAAAAGAGGGAGUCAUUACAGUUAAAGAUGGGAAAACUCUUACAGAUGAAUUAGAAGUUAUUGAAGGAAUGAAAUUUGACAGAGGAUACAUAUCACCAUAUUUUAUCAAUACUGUCAAAGGAAAUAAAGUUGAAUAUCAAGAUGCUUUAGUUCUCUUCAGCGAGAAAAAAAUCACUUCAAUUCAAUCCGUUUUACCUGCUUUGGAAUUAUCGAACAGUCAGAGAAAACCUUUGGUCAUUGUUGCAGAAGACAUUGAUGGAGAAGCUUUAAGCACUUUGGUAGUGAACAGACUGAAAAUAGGACUUCAAGUUGUGGCGGUUAAAGCUCCAGGUUUUGGUGACAAUAGAAAAGCGACGUUGCAAGACAUGGCCGUGGCAACAGGUGGAAUCGUUUUCGGUGAUGAAGCAUCACCGGUUAAAUUAGAAGACCUUCAAUUACACGAUUUAGGUCAAGUCGGUGAAGUUUUGAUUACCAAAGAUGACACGCUUUUCUUAAAAGGAAAGGGGAAAAAAGAAGACAUAAGUCGUCGUGCGGAUCAAAUAAGAGAUCAAAUAUCAACAACAAAUUCCGAAUAUGAAAAAGAAAAAUUACAAGAACGUCUUGCCAGGCUGGCUUCCGGUGUUGCCGUUUUAAAAAUCGGAGGUUCGAGUGAGGUUGAAGUAAACGAGAAAAAAGACAGAGUUAACGAUGCUUUGUGUGCAACAAGAGCCGCUGUCGAAGAAGGUAUCGUUCCCGGAGGUGGAACCGCAUUAUUGAGAUGCAUUCCAGUACUUGAAAAGUUAAAAGGCGCCAACGAUGAUCAACAAACAGGGAUUAACAUAGUAUCGAAGGCUUUGAGAAUGCCCUGUAUGACCAUAGCUAGAAACGCGGGUUUGGAUGCGUCCGUGGUCGUCGCCAAAGUAGAAGAAUUAGCACAGGAUUUAGGUUACGAUGCACUUAAUAACGAAUACGUCAACAUGAUCGAAAAAGGAAUCAUAGAUCCGACAAAGGUCGUUCGAACAGCAUUGACGGAUGCCGCGGGUGUCGCAUCGCUACUAACCACAGCCGAAGUCGUCGUGACCGAACUUCCAAAAACGGACAAAGAACCCGGAAUGGGAAUGGGCGGUAUGGGAGGAAUGGGCGGCAUGGGAGGAAUGGGAGGAAUGGGAGAUAUGGGAAUGUGA